UGGUCGUAUAUGAGUUCUGAGAUUGACUUGACAUCAGCCAUAACGACGCUUUGUUUCCGAGCCAUGGUCAACUUCUCACUUUCUCAAGAGCAGAGAGUGCUUCGCUCCGCCGUGAAGGAUUUUGCACACGAUGUUCUGUCUACGGCGCCCAAGCUCUAUAACCAUUUUCCUACACAAACGACACGCUUUCGAUCUACGCUUCCUAUAUAUCGAUCGGCUGUCUCUGCAGGCCUCAUCAAAGGUCAAGUCCCAAUACCCCUCGGCGGAACUUCUGCUUCCAUAGUAGACGCCGCCAUUGUCGUCGAAGAACUCUAUGCUGUAGAUCCAAGCACUGCUCUUACCAUCCUCGGGACUGGACUGGGAAUGACGCCCUUGAUACUGGCUGCGAAUCCGGAGCAGCGCGAGAGGUUGUUAAAGCCGUUCACGAGACAAGAAGGUGAGAGACUGGCAGCUUUCGUGCAUAGUGAGCCCGGUGGAACAGCAAACUGGCUCCGCAAAGGGAGCCCCGGACUACAAACCACGGCUUACCAGGAUGGGGAUGAAUGGGUUGUCAACGGAGAAAAGCUGUGGACGACCAACUCCGGCGGAUGGGACUCUCGAGGUGCGGAUGUGCAGUGUGUUGUGUGCCGACAAGGCCGACCGAAUGAACCCCAGAACCCAGCAGUCAAUCCAUCUUCGAACAUACUAAUGCUGGCCAUCACUCGCGAAGACAUCGCCAACAACGCGCCCGGCGCUUACGAGGUGCUCUCGGAUCCGGAGCUCGGCGGUCACAAAUCCACUAGCGGACCUCAUACCCGUUUCACGCAUCUUCGUGUGCCUGCUGCAAACCUGCUGGCUAAGCCUGGAGAGGGUGCGCAGCUGGUUGAAAAGACAUUCGGUAUGAGUGCCGCGAUCGUGGGUGCUAUGUGUGUGGGCAUCAUGCGGGAUGCCUUCGAAGUCGCACUGUCGUUUUGCAAGACCAACAGCUGCGGUGGCACAGAACCUAUCAUUGGAAAGCAGAGCGUGGCGGACCGACUGAUUGAUAUCAAGAUGAAGAUUGAGGCCGCGAGAGCGCUCACAUGGAAGGCUAUGUGUGUUCUGGAAAGUAAAGAAGAAGCCCUAGGGUGGGAGCAGAGGUUGGAAAUCACGCUUCAAGCAAAAGUCUGGUGCAGUGACAUGGCGCCGAAGGCCGUGAUUGAGUGCAUGAGUGUGGUUGGCAUGUGAGUAUCCGCGCAACGAGGCACUGGGUGUGAUGGACAGCUAACUAUUGAACAGAAGAGCGUACGCAAAAGACAUGC